AUGAGUGGUUGGAUGCAAAGUUAUUCAGCAUCAAAGAAAGUUGAUAUUCUAUUACAACGUAGUGCUCUUGUUGAUUCAGUACCAUUUGGGAAACGAGCUGAAAAUAAUAAAAUAGCUGGUUCAACACCAUUAAUUGAUGCAACUAAAUAUAAUCAUCCUGAAUGUGUUAAACAUUUAUUAGUACAUCAUGCUAAUCCAAAUCAUAAAAAUCAUUCGAGUAUAUCAGCAUUAAUACUUGCAGCUGAACUAGGUUAUUUUGAAUGUGUUAAAUUACUUGUACAAGCUGGAGCUGAUCUAAAAUUAGCACCAAAUGGUUCAGUAGCAUUAAGAUUGAAUUUAUGUGGUCAAACAUCAUUAUUUUGUGCAGCAAAAGAAGAUCGAACGGAUAUGGUUAAAUAUUUAUGA